AUGGCCACGAAACGAAAGCUUGACACGGCCACACCGGAGCCCGAAGAGCCCGUGGACCCCUCUGAUGAGCUGAUGUUUCUGUGUUUGGGUGGUGGAAACGAAGUCGGCCGAUCCUGCCAUAUCAUACAAUACAAGGGCAAAACUGUCAUGCUCGAUGCUGGUGCCCAUCCUGCAUAUGACGGCCUGGCCUCUCUACCUUUCUACGACGAGUUCGAUUUGAGCACCGUCGAUAUUCUUCUCAUUACCCACUUCCAUCUAGACCAUGCCGCCUCACUACCUUAUGUUAUGGCAAAGACAAAUUUCAAAGGCCGCGUCUUCAUGACGCACCCAACCAAAGCCAUCUACAAGUGGCUGAUGCAGGAUUCCGUUCGCGUACAGUAUGUCUGUUCUUUUCUCAAACGUCCUAGUGUUGGGCUAAUGGUUGGCCAGNNGAAUACGCAUGCAACUGCAGAGCAGCCUACACAACUCUACACGGAAGCUGAUGUUCUUUCGACUCUUCCCAUGAUCCAGACCAUCGCCUUCCACACCACACACACUCAUGCAGGUAUCCGAAUAACCCCUUAUCCAGCUGGCCACGUUCUCGGUGCAGCCAUGUACGUGAUCGAGAUCGCUGGGCUUAACAUCUUGUUCACUGGAGACUACUCAAGAGAGCAUGAUCGCCAUCUGAUUCCCGCCUCGGCUCCAAAGGGUGUCAAGGUGGAUGUUCUGAUUACAGAGUCCACCUUUGGCGUUGCCUCCCAUAUCCCGCGACUGGAGCGAGAGACUGCUUUGAUGAAGAGCUUGACUGGUGUCCUCAACCGUGGAGGACGUGUUCUUAUGCCUGUCUUCGCUAUCGGCCGUGCACAAGAGCUUCUUCUAAUUCUCGAAGACUACUGGAACCGACACCCCGAGUACAGAAAGUACCCCAUUUACUAUGCCAGUAACCUAGCAAAGAAGUGCAUGCUUGUCUACCAAACCUACAUUGAUGCCAUGAACGACAACAUCAAGUCCAUGUUCCAAAACAGGCUUGCUCAAACUGCUGACGGCAGCAGCGGCGACGCUGGCGCUGGAGGUCCCUGGGACUUCCGCUGGAUUCGAAAUCUAAAAUCACUUGACAGGUUCGAUGAUGUUGGCGGAUGCGUCAUGCUUGCAUCUCCUGGUAUGCUCCAGAACGGCGUGUCUCGUGCUCUUCUCGAGCGCUGGGCUCCUGAUCCGAAGAAUGGUGUCAUUGUCACUGGCUACAGCGUCGAGGGCACCAUGGCGAAGAUGAUUCUCACUGAGCCUGAAAGCAUCCAAGCCGUCAUGACUGGCAGAGUGGGUGGUAGAGUGCAAGGUGUAGGCAGUCGAGGAAAGCCAGGUGCCGAGGGAGAAAAAGUCAUGAUACCUCGAAGGUGUACUGUGCAAGAAUAUUCCUUUGCUGCACACGUAGACGGAACCGAAAAUCGCGAGUUCAUAGAAGAAGUUGCAGCUCCUGUUGUGGUGAGUAGUAUCGUAAAGUUCUGCAUUGCAAGAUGUGCUAAUCCAGGUAUCACANNGAUUUUGGUACACGGCGAGAAGACAAACAUGAUGAGACUCAAAUCUAAGUUGUUGUCUCUAAAUGCAAACAAGGCAACACCAGUCAAGGUCUUCUCACCAGCAAAUUGCGAAGAACUUCGAAUUCCCUUCAGACAGGAUAAGAUCGCCAAAGUGGUUGGUCGACUCGCAAACCAAAUCCAGAUCUCAGCAGCUCCACCUUCACCUCCCACUUCUGAUGAGGACAGUAUAAGAGAUGAGAAGAAGUUCAAGACGACGAAUGGGGACCAGGUAGUCUCUGGUGUAUUGGUGCAAAACGAUUUCAAACUUAGUUUGAUGGCGCCAGAGGACCUGAAGGAAUAUGCUGGACUAACAACCACAACGAUUCUUUGCCGCCAAAGAUUGACACUUGCAGCUGCGGGCCUCGACCUAAUUAAAUGGGCUUUGGAAGGCACGUUCGGAGCCAUCAAGAUAGUUUCAUCACCUCGCGAAGGAGCAAAGGCAGAGGCCAAUGGAAACGGUGCAAAGGUUAAAGAGGCUGACGAGGAGCUCGAAAGACAACAGGAGACCGUCUUUGAAGUUAUGGGCUCGGUCAGGGUCAGGGUGGCUGAUCGUGGAGAGGUUGAGGUUGAGUGGGAAGGCAAUGUUGCUAACGACGGAAUUGCUGACGCCGUUCUUGCCGUUCUGUUCACUGUCGAGAGCAGUCCUGCGGCUGUAAAACAAUCCUCGAAUCCCCAUUCACACAAUCACCACGAACACAAGCGUAAUCUCCACGCACAUAUCAGCCCGUCGGAAAGGCUCUCACGUCUAUGCAUGUUCCUCGAAGCACAAUUUGGUGAGGACGCCAUCACUCCGAUCUCGAGACCGAAACUCAACAUCACCGACGACACUAUUAGCUCCGACGAUCCUGUAGCAGCAGAGAAAGCCAGAGCUCAGCUGGAAAUGGUAGAGUUAGAACGUCUCCAUAGAGCAGGCAUACCUGUGCCAGGCCUGGAGGUCAAGGUGGACAAGAUUGUAGCCAAAGUUUGGCUCGAGACGCUCGANGUAGAGUGCGGCAUGCGAAGCAUGGCCGACAGGAUCCGCGCCGUGGUCGAACGGGCUGUUGAGGUUGUUGCUCCACUAUGGGAGUGA